GUAGCUCAAGCUAGAAAUCUUCCACUACCGCCUGUUCCUCUCCAUGCCUUUCAACCACCUCAUGCACGAAUCGCGAUCGCGCAAGAAAGGCGGGCGACUCCACAUCGCGCUGACAUGCAAAGAGUUCGCCAACCUCGCCCUGUAUAUCUACUACACCGAGAACAGCUUCGUGCUCGAGCCGAAACACGACGAGUACGGGUAAUCCCAUUCCACCUCCGCUAUCCCGACCUAGCCGUGGGCCACCUGCUCCGCAACCUCGAGCUCCGAGUAAUGGUGAACCCGGGCUUUGAAACACUGGAGGGGAUGCUGAACUACAAGGACUACGACUGGCGCUUCCUUCUGCGCGUCGAUCAUCACUGGAAGGAAAGCGGUGUGCGCUUGAACCGGGAACACGUCCGUCGUGCGCUUCGAGUGCCAGAUCUUGCACGCUGGCAAGACUACUUCCCCAAUCUGAACUCGCUGAAGAUUGUUCUCUGCGUCCCAAACGACGGGCCCGCCGAUCCCGUGGCGUGUUUUGGUGACUCGGCGGCGCAACCCGGGUUCCUCAGCGUGUUUGCGGAGCGCAUUGAGAAGGCGCGCAUUGAUGUGAGGGCGAAGGGGGUGGAAGUAGAGGUAACGGGGAUCGCGUCGAUUAUCGGCUUCGUCGUUAUCUGGCCUUGUAUUAUCGGAGUAUCGGGGGAGGUGGGCGUAUGUGCCAUGAUGCUUGUGGGCGGAUUGUUAGGACAGCAGUGAAGGGUUUGACAGAGACCACUGAUGGCAAGGCGAGCUAAGGCUUAGAGCCUAGGUUUUGUCGUCGAGUAUAUGCGCUUUGAAUUGGGCGGAGCCGGUCGGAGGCAUAUAAAGUCGG